AUGGUCUUUCCAUCGCUAGAAGCAGUAUCAAAGACCCCGGCAUUCCCGACGGCAAUAUGGAGACUCCAGCCGCAUCAGUACGGCCUCUUGCCUGUCGCUGCUGAGAGAGGGGGGCCCCUGAAUAUCAGCUGGGAGAUCCAUGGUGAAGGGCCUAUCAAGCUUAUUCUCAUCGGUGGCAUUGGCCUGGCGAAGGCGGAUUGGCAGCAGCAAACCCUGUAUUUCGGCCACGAACGUGGAGACAGGUACUCCGUGCUCGUCUUCGAUAAUCGUGGUGCAGGCGAGUCGGAUAAACCGGUGAUGCGGUAUAGUACGUCGGAGAUGGCGCGUGAUUUGCUUGAAGUUCUGGAUCAUCUCGGUUGGAUGGCAGAUCGUCAACUUCAUAUCUCGGGUGGCAGUAUGGGCGGCAUGAUUGCUCAGGAGGUUGCAGUACUAGUGCCAGAGCGCAUUGCUAGUCUGAACCUGCAUUGUACCGCGGCCAAGUUAGAGAACAAUGGCACAUUUACGGAGAGUAUGGGCCGCCUUGGUGCUUUGUUCCCUAGAAGUCUCGAGAGUGAGAUCCGCUCAACGGCAAAUGGCUGUUUCCCAGAGGACUGGCUCAUAGCCCCAGACGAGACAGAGCUGCCGAGCGAGAAAACAUCAAAGUGCGAAAUACCUGCUGGCGGGUACGGGAAGUUUGAUAACAACUAUGAGCGAUUUGCAGCGCAAGAGAUACAUAUGCGGCGGAGCAAGAACGGGUUUCUACUACAAGCCGUCGCUGGUGGGUUUCACCGAAAGAGCCCUGAACAGCUGAGAGAUUUGGCGGACCGGGUAUCUAGGGAAAGGAUUAUGGUGUUGCAUGGAACUGUAGAUAGGAUGAUCCCGGUGGAUCAUGGUAGGAAGUUGAUCGAGUAUCUGAACCCUGGGAAGGCUUUGAUCGUUGAAGGAUUGGGACACGCACCAAUUCAACAAAUGACAAAAUGGUUUAACGAGUUGCUGGAAGAGAGGUGUGCUCUUGGCGAAAAGUUGAGUGGGAGAUAA